GGUUGAGCGCCUUGUGAAUGCGCUACCGGAUUUCGAGCGCCUGCGCCUCGGUGAGUAGAUCGCUUCUUCUCUGCUGUUCGAUAUCAUGGCCAGAUCUCGUGUACCUUGCGAGGAUAAACGCAUCGUGGCAAGCUCCUUUCUAUUGGUUCUUCGAUUCGAUAGGUUGUUGGAAAAUCUGUCGCGGCAAAAUCCUGCGAUGUUUGGCUGUUUCCACAGUUCAAGACAGAUGCUACUCGGAAUUCGGUACUCUCACGAUGGAUUGGGAUGCUGUCCACGAUCCUGCUGCUGGAGAAUACCAGUGGAGGAUCACAAAGCCUGCGCUAUGAAACUUCUGAUCAAUCGCUAUCUAUUCGGACGUGAAAAAAGAGCACCACAUAGAUGAGCUAUGAGAAAAGCUCAUAGGUGUGAGCUUUUCUCUUUUUCUUUUCCUUACUUUUUUCUAACCGACAAGGACUCUGAGUCCGGCAGUUACUUCAAGACCGAUGAAUCCAUCCUCGUGACGAUCGUGCUUCUGGAGAAGGCCCUCCGAGAUCUCGGUCAUGAGAAUUAUGACCGAUUCGAGAUUCACUGUAACUACAGAUUGUCAGUGUACGUUCUCAGAUCUUCGUUGGCUCGCAAAGAGGGGGAUAAUGCGAAGUGCAGGGUCAAAGGCGCGUUGAUCAAUCUAGCCAGCGCGCUCAUCCAUUUUCAAGGCGGAGAAGAGGAGGAAGAGCACAUCGAUUGGUUCUGAUGAUAGUA